AUGACGACGAGAAACAUCCCAGCGGAGCAAGUGACUUUGGACGAAUUCGAGUUCCCGCAACACGUACGUCCGUUCGAGCAAUCCGGCUCCGAAUCGAGCAACCCCGGAAAACGAUCCUUGAUCUGUACUAAUCCCAAAUCUCGAUCUGCCUACUUGCCAGAAUGUAUUCUAUCCACUGUGGAUGUCCUGUACUUGGGCCGGCCCUUCUUCUCUUUCGUCAUGCGCGUCGUCCUAUCGCUCAGACUGCUCGUUCUGACUCUGGCUCUCGCUGUCAGUGGCAUUCCAUCCAGUGUCUGUGCUGAGAGCUUCAUUGGCGGUCGCUUGAGUCUUGAUAAUGGGGACGGACGUAGGGACACCGUGCGCCUUCAUUCCAGAUCUCUCCCUCCUCCGACCAUUGUCGCUAUCGUCGUCGGAGCCGUGGGCGCGGUGUCGGCCACCCUUGUCGUUGUCCUUAUCCUCAUUCUCGUCGUUCGGAGUCGACGCGACAGGAUUCACGGGCUGGACGCCGAAAGCGCAGCCGAGUCCGACGGAGUUCAAUCCGAAGGCGUCUCGGAACCGAAGCCGCAGAAUGAAGUCAGCAGCCAAACUCCCGCACGAAUGCCGUUCGUUUCAGAGUGGUAUCCUGAUGAGCCAGCACCCUGCACACGCUUAGGGCUUCUUCCAUUGAACCUGAAAGCGGCGGCACCGACGGCCGAAUCAAAUUUACAAUCUCAAAAUCUCCAUCUGGAGGCUACCCACUUUCCUUCUCUCACAUUGCCACCCCCAUCUUUCAGCCCUUCUUCCGGCCAUGCAGUUGCUCAUACCAGAGACCUAGUGCCGACGACGAGCAUCAUCGGCUCAUCAGCAUCUUUGGGGACGAAGAGAUCCGGUGCACAGUCAGAUCUGAGGAGCGUUCUUCCCCGUUGUUUAGCAACUCAGCCGCGUCUUCCGCACCUUCCGCCAAUACGAAGGAUCGGGACUGGCUCCCAGAAAUCUUCCGUCUCGACAAUGAUCUUACCUAGGCCACGAGCAUCCAGUCUGCCCCAAGUUUCAUGUCCCAGGCGAACACGAAUUCCAGCGCCGGUUCUCCCGAGUCCCGUGCGAACGCAUGUUGUUUCUAUUUCGGACGAUGUUACGACAAGCAGCCGUUUCAGCAUUUCGCCUGUCAGCACGUCUCACUUCACUCUCCCCAAAUUCAGAGCUUCACCAUUGAGGUCUUUCGGCCGACCGAAGCAACAGAGAAUGGGUUCCUUCUCAGACAUCGCGGCUGUUUCGACGAGAUAG